AUGCUACUCCCCAAGGGUGGUGUAACGUGGAAGUCCGCCAGAUCCAGGCUCCCCCCCUGGCGGGCUCUCCUGGUCUUGGUGACGCGAACCCGGUUUCUGGCCUCGCUGGCCAUCACCGGGAUGAUCAUCUUAUUAUGGCGUGGGAUCACCAGGUCGGCAUCGGGAAUGCAAAGUUUCUACUGCUACGGUCCCUCUAAAUCCCCUAUGGAGAUGUCCACCAACGAGAUGGUCCAGUGGAGCUCCCACAUGCAGACCCCGGUCAUCUUCAACAGCCACCAGCCCUACGAAGUCAACAAUACGAGCAUCGAGCGCAUGGACCUGAACCCCGUCAAGUCCACCCCGCAGGCGGUCGCCAAUUCCGAACGCGUGCUCCUCCUGACGCCCCUCAGAGACGCCGCCCCCUACCUGUCCAACUACUUUGACCUGCUCUACAAAUUGACCUAUCCCCACCACCUCAUCGAUCUGGCCUUCCUGGUCGGCGACUCCAAGGACGAUACCCUGGCCGUCUUGAGUGCCGAGCUGCAGCGCAUCCAGGACCAGGGCGGCAAGGUCGCCUUCCGCAGUGCCACAAUCGUCGAGAAGGAUUUCGGCUCCGAUAUCGAGAUGAACGUGGAGGACCGGCACUCGUUCGCCGCCCAGGGUCCGCGCCGUCGGGCUAUCGGUCGCGCCCGCAACUAUCUGCUGUAUUCGGCGCUGAAACCCGACCACUCCUGGGUGUACUGGCGCGACGUCGACAUCGUCGACAGCCCCGACAAGAUCCUCGAGGACUUUAUGGCCCAUGAUCGGGAUAUCCUCGUUCCUAACAUCUGGUUCCACCGGUAUAACAGCGAUGGCGUUGACAUCGAGGGUCGUUUCGACUACAACUCGUGGGUGGAAUCGGACCAGGGACGCCGGCUGAAGCAGCAGAUCGAUCCCAACACUAUCCUGGCCGAGGGGUAUAAGGAAUACGCCACCGGCCGGACCUACAUGGCGCGCAUGGGCGACUGGCGCAAGGACAAGGAUGAGGAAUUGGAACUGGACGGCAUCGGCGGUGUCAACAUCCUGGUCAAGGCCGACGUUCACCGAACCGGUAUCAACUUCCCCGCAUAUUCGUUUGAAAACCAGGCCGAGACCGAGGGCUUUGCGGCAAUGGCGAAGCGCGCCGGGUAUCAAGUCUACGGCUUGCCGAAUUACGUGGUUUGGCAUAUCGACACGGACGAGAAGCCCGGGAACGCCUAA